GCUGCAGUCGUGAUUUUAAACAAAGGUUUAAUCUCUUGUUCUCCAGUAUUUUUGUGGGUGUAAAUUCUGAUGUGUUGAUUGCAUUCUACCUUACCAGAUUUUCAGACUGAUUACAUAGUUUCUAAUGAUGUAUAAAACUUCUUUUCACGUACUUGUUCUUUUGUUAACAUACGUUGGUGGUAGUUAUUGUUCAUCAACAAUAAAAACCUGGAUCUUAAACAACAAUUUCGAUAAUCCCAACAAUUGGAACACAAAACGUAAUCCUUGCAAUAAAGAUAGAGUCAUUUUUCCAGCACAAGAGAACGUUGUGGUGUACAUUCCUGGUAGCCUGAAGGUUCGUACAAUGGUUCUACCUAUGAAUGGGCAGUUCGUUCUCGGAAAUUCGGCUGUGUUUUCUCUUUCGGAAGGCUCAAUCUCUGCAACUGAUCCGUCUUGUGAAGGGCAAGAUAUCCAGUUUAAAGGCUUAAGGGGAAAUUGGUUUGAUCCCCCAAACUGGAACGUUUCUUCCUCAUCUGCAAUGAACAUUGUUGGAGGAUCCUAUCCUUCUCCUAUUCCCCAUUCCGAACAAGUCCCAUGUCCUAGGGAUAAUGUGGUUUUCCCAGUUGGUAAAAGCUUCAAGGUAUCCGUUAAGACACAAACUGGUGGAAUUAAAGUUAACUCAAUCAUUAUCAACGGAAUGGUUUACAACGACAACAAUUCUUUUUCGACUUUUAUUCGAAGUCCAACUGGCAAACGGCUGUUCGACUCUGAUAAUUCGCUAAUAACUGUGGAGAAGAAUGACUGUUCUGAUUCAACAAGUUGUGCCUGUGGAAAUGACAGGAGAGAUAUCCUUUUAGUUAUCUGUGCUUUUCGGACACCUCAAUGUCCGACUCCACAAUGUUCAGAUCCAAUCCAACCUAUUGGUCACUGCUGUAAAAUUUGUGGUUCCUCUCUGUUGAUGACCUACGGUCACCAAUUUCAGUUCAAUCCCGUAAAACAGUUGUUUACCGGACACUUGACAAAGCCUCAGUACUUGGAGGUUCAAGGAUAUAUAUCCAAGACCCAUGACAACAAGAUACAAAUGAUAUUUGUAGACGGAAAGUCAAGCUAUGGUAAAGCAGCACAGUUAGCACAAGAAUUUGAAUCCAGUUUUCAGAAAGAAAUGUUUGGUGUGACUUCUGUGGUCAUGAAAAGGAGUGUUCAGUGGAAUAGUGGAAUAUUUCCAUCGGCUCAUAAGUCAGGUAUUUCCACGUUUGAGCUUCACAACAAAAGUUCAAUCAUUUUCAUCAAAAGUAGAAAUAUACUAAUAAUUGCUGUUAUGUUUGAUUUCUUUUUUUUAAAUUGA